AUGACCAGCAUAGCUCACAUCAUCGGCUGGGACCCGAAACGCCCUUCCCCCGAGGCCCGCUCCUUCCCUCCUCCCCCUCCUCCACGGCACUCGUCCUACCCGGCCUUGGCUCCUGCCGUUCGCCAACUCGGCACCGACCUACGCACCGCACACGCUGUCGAAAUCGCUCGCACUACCGAGCACGAGCGAGAGCUCGACCGCUCCUUCCUCGAACGCGCAGCCGACUUUGUCGAGCUCCAUGACCAGGUCGACUCGAGCACCCAGCUCUUGUCCGACCUCGCCUCGUUCCUGUCGACCUUCCAAGCCGACCUGUCGGCCGUCUCGGGCCACAUUUCCGAGCUCCAGGGCCGCAGCAAGUCGAUCGAGGCCCGCCUCAAAGCCCGCAAGGCCGUCGAGCGCUCCCUCAACCCGUUCCUGUCGUCCAUCACCAUCGCGCCAUCGCUCAUCUCGACCAUCCUCGACACGGACGUCAACGACGCCUGGAUCCCGGCCGUGCGAGAACUCGACGCCAAGCUCGGCGCCAUUCGAGGUGGCGCCCGGGUCGACAGCCGCCGCAACCUCGACGAGGCUGCAGAGGCUCUUCGUGUCGCUGCCUCGUCCAAGAUCCUGUCGCACCUCGUCUCGCUCCUCAAGCCCUACACCCUCUCGCUGUCGUCCCCCCUGUCGACCCUUCACACCCACCUCGCGUCGCUCAAGCCCCUGUUCGACUUCUUGAGGCGUCACGCGGCGCGCCAGGCGCACGAGUUCCAGAAGGCGUACGCCCAGACGGCGAGGUGGUACCUCGAGACGGGCUUCCGGCGCUACAUCCGGGCGCUCGAGAAGAUCCGCACGGCGCACACGGCGGUGCCCGUCGAGCCGAUUGGGAGUGUCGUCGGCGUGGCAGAUGCGCUCGCCCUCCUGCAGCAGCGCAAAACGACAUCUCCCGCCGGGCGCGCCGCCAUGGCGGGCCCGACGCCCACCUCGGUCGCGCUCGACAACGCCCAGGUCGGCUCGAGCAAGCCGGGCGGCAUCAUCCUCGCGCACUCGGCCAACGACCGCUCCUUCCACCCGCCGCCCGAGGCCCUCUUCCGCUCGGCGUCGCUCGUCCUCGCCGACAACGCCUCGACCGAGCACGCCUUCCUCGCCUCGUUCUUCGGGCACCACUCGUCGCUCUCGCUCGACGCCGCACCGACCUCCUCCUCCUCCGCCGCCGCUGCAGGACAAGCGCCGGGCCUGCACCGCUCGGCGACGAACGGGAGCUUGCGCAGUGCGGCGGGCUUGAGCGACGGCGCGAGGACGGCGACUGGGGGCGAGCGCGACGAGCGGAUGCAGCGCGCGGUCGUCGACGCGCUGUGGAAGACGGUGCUCGAGCCGGCCAUCGAGUACACGACGAAUUUCCUCCACGCCCUCCUCGACCCGACGCCGCCAGCGCCAAUUGCCCUCCUGUCGAUGCUGCGCCUCACCGAGUCGCUCUCGUCCAUCCUCGUCGGCUCUUCAUCGCCCACAGCUACACCGCUCUCCUCGACCGCCAACUUCCCGCCCUGUCCGCCUCUCGAAACGCACCUCUCGGCGGUUCGCCUUUCGCUCCUCCAGACCUUCGCGCGCGCGCUCUCGGCCCAGGUCGACUCGCUCCGCCGCAUCAACGGCUCGCCCGCACCGGCGAGCGCGUCGGGCAUGGGCGGCCUCCUCGCGCGCGCGACGGGCGCAGCAGGUCCGAGCGCCGUCAAGGACUCGGUCGUCGCCGUCAUCGUCGGGCGGUACUGCGAGCUGUUCAACGCGGCGGUGGCGCUCCUCGCGCAGGGGCAGGACGAGGACGGGCUCGACAAGCUCAUCGCGUUCCAGGCGAGCAAGAUCCCGGACCCGGUCAAGGCGCAGGCGUUCCUCCGCGCUCAGUGUGACGAGCUUCUCCAGGGCCUCAGUAGCACCGCCCGCACCGCCCAGGCCACGCCCGCCUGCUCUGCGUGGCGCGCGUUCUCGUGCGCCGCCGUGCGCGCUGCUCCUCCCCCAGGAGCUUCUUCCUCCGGAGCCAAGGCGUCGUCGUCGGCCGCACCGGGCACCGACGCCCUCGUCGAGCUGCUCGAGGACGUCGAGAGCAGCAGCCCAUCGGCCGCGCAGGAGCUACAGAACCAGACGUCUGUCCUCCGCCACCUGUCGCGCAACCAGGUCAUCUCGCCUCAGCACCUCUCGCCUCGACACCUCCUCGUCCCGUACCAGCCCCGCCCCAACUUCAGCCAGGCGCACCCGCUCGGCCCGCCAACCUCGUUCGCCGAGACGCACGACCCCUUCGUCCGGUACGGCCUCGACCCGCUGCGCGACGCGACGACCAACCCGUUCGUCCUGAGCGAGUUUGUGACGAGCAUGGGCAAGAUUAAGAGCCGGGGCAAGACGGGCCUGCAGCGCAAGAGCCAGAGGAGGGUCGGCAAGGCCGUGCGCCGCGCCAGGAGCAUGGGCAUCAUUCCGACGUUCGGCAUCAGCGUGCCGGGCGCCGGCGGCAACUACUAGACGGGCGACGGUGCAGUCGAACAAUGCAGGCCGUUCUUCUCGCGG